AUGGAGAAGCCCCAUAUACUAGCCACGAAACCUGGAGAGUACAAGGGCAUACCUCAGAUAUUUGCACCUCUCCUUGAGAAGCAUUUCACAGUCGUCCCCUAUCAUGAAUUUGAAAAGAACCCAAAUCGCUGGGCAGACAAAAUCCAGGCUCUGAUCGUAUUUUUCAGCAUUCCUAAAAUUAGCAGAGAUCUUCUGCUCUCCUUGCCCAAUCUGAAGGCAGUAAUAAGUGGAGGAGUUGGGGUGGACCACCUGGAUAUCCCUCUGAUAACUAGCUUUGGGGUAAAAAUAGCCAACACGCCCACCAUCGUGGAUAAUGCAACAGCGGACAUGGGGAUGGCAUUGCUACUGGCGUCUGCACGAAAGCUCAUAGAAGGAUACAAGAUUGCCAUUUCUCCUGAUAUGACAAAAUUGACACAUUGUGAUCUUGGACAUGAUGUCAGUGGCUCCACUCUCGGCAUUAUAGGAAUGGGCCGAAUUGGAUACAAGAUUGCUAAGCGAGCACAAGGAUUCGACAUGAAGAUUCUGUAUCACAAUCGAAAACAAAGGGAAGCAGAAGAUGAAAAAGCUGUAGGUGCUACCUACUGUGCAAAGAUUGAAGAUCUGCUGCGUGAGUCAGACUUUGUGAUGCUCUCUGUGAACCUGUCUCCUGAGACGCACAAGUUGAUUGGGAAAAGGGAAUUGAGCAUGAUGAAGCCCACGGCCACACUUGUUAAUGUUAGCAGAGGUCUUGUAGUGGAUCAGGAUGCACUGGUUGAAGCACUUCAAGAUGGCGUAAUUUACGCUGCAGCGCUUGAUGUGACAUAUCCAGAACCCCUUCCAAGAAAUCAUCCACUGCUCAGGCUGAAGAACAUCCUCAUUCUCCCACACAUGGGGACAGCCAGCUAUCAGACGACUCGGGCCAUGGUGGAGAGAAUAAUCGCCAACACCCGCUUAGCAUUGGAGGGCAGUCCAUUGUUGGAUGAGGUGAAACCUAAUUAAGUAGAAACAGAAUGUGAGGGGAAAAAAGCAUUUGGUACUUCUUUGGAUCAAUAAAAUGAAAUUGGAAAAUCUCCAAAAUUUGUUGUGAUGAGAAAUUGUAACUAAUGUACAAGAUUACCCACAUAUUAACAUUUAUUACACAUAUAACACCAAUUUUAACAGGCGCCUAUCCUGGCAGCAUUGCACACAAGGCAUAAACCAACCCGGGACCCUAUUCACUCACAGGGCCUAAACCUGCACACACCCACACUCAGUCUGGUGUGGCCAAUCA